AUGUCCGAAUGUAAACCAGCAAAAACGCCCUUGGAGAUAAAUUUUAAAAUUGAAAAACCAACCAAAGUCGAUGAAGAAGCUAUGGCAAAGUAUCCCUAUCAAAGGUUAAUAGGCGCCCUCAUAUACUUAGCAGUUACAACAAGACCAGACAUAGCUUUUGCAGUAAAUCAUAUGAGCCAAUUUAAUACAAACUACAACGUGCAGCACUGGGGAGCUGCAAAGCGAAUUCUACGAUAUUUAAAAGGUACCAGAGACCAUGGUCUUCUUUACACAAAGAUCAAUAAAAGACUUUACGGCGUGGUCGAUGCAGACUGGGGUGCGAAUUUGAUAGAUAGGCGUUCAUAUAGCGGAUACGCGUUCGUAUUGGCGGGCGCAUCAGUGAGCUGGGAGGCGCGUAAACAACGUACCGUUGCACUUUCCAGCACCGAAGCUGAAUACAUGGCUAUGACAGAAGCGACGAAAGAAGCUAUGUAUCUCCUAGGCAUUUUAAAAGACUUAGGCAUAUCAUAUGAAAAGGUAACAUUGUUCAACGAUAGUCAAAGCGUGCAAGAACUCAUCCAGGGCUUGGGCUACAGCUCUCGUACGAAACAUAUCGACGUGCGUCAUCAUUUUGUCACAGAAUGUUAUCACACCGGAAAGAUCGCGCUUACGUACAUGCCGACUGAAGACAUGCCAACAGACGUCCUAACAAAAAGUUUAAGCAGCGUUAAACAUUGUAAAUGUUCAACAACACUAGGAAUGACGAAUAGUCUUACUACUUCGAGGGGAGGUGUUGGCGCAACGAAGUAG